GAUAACGUUCUUAGAAAAUAGAAACAAAUCAACAGCAAUUCCAUUCCGAAAUAAAUUUUAAAUUAAAAUGGAUAUAAAAGAGCUAAGCAUUAUCGUCAAGUGGUGUGGCAAUGAAUACACUUUAAAGGAUUUGACAGAUCAGGAUACAGUGGCUAUGCUGAAACAUGAGAUAAUGAAACAGACUCAAGUCCGACCCGAACGUCAAAAGUUACUUAAUCUGAAACACAAGAACAAGUUUCCCACAGACGAUUUGAGACUAGGUGUCUUCGAUUUGAAGCCCAACUUUAAACUAAUGAUGGUGGGCUCCUUAGAAACGGAUAUCGAAGAAGCGAGUAAGCGACCGGAUGAACUUUCCGAAGUACUCAAUGACUUGGAGCAAGAUGAAGAUGACGUUCCAAUGGAAAAUCGCGAGGUAUAUUUGUCCAAAAUAAACAAACGAAUCCGCGACUACCAAAUUGAAGAAUUGAAUCCUGGUCGGCCGGGAAAGAAGUUGCUUGUUCUCGAUAUUGAUUAUACACUUUUCGAUCAUCGGUCCACUGCAGAAACGGGCGAAGAAUUAAUGCGUCCAUAUUUGCAUGAAUUCUUGACUGAUGCCUACGAACAUUACGACAUCGUUAUUUGGUCAGCUACUUCGAUGAAAUGGAUUGUGGAGAAAAUGAAACGUCUCGGAGUUUCAACAAAUCCGAAUUACAAAAUUUGGUUUUAUUUGGACUCGAAUGCGAUGAUCACGGUUCACUGCCAGAAACGCGGAAUCGUUGAUGUAAAGCCACUAGGUGUGAUUUGGGGAAAAUAUAGCCAGUACUCGAGUAAGAAUACAAUCAUGUUCGAUGACAUUCGUCGAAAUUUCUUGAUGAAUCCCAAAAGUGGUCUUAGAAUCAAACCUUUUGCUCAUGCUCACUUGAAUCGUGAUAAAGACAAAGAACUGUUGAAGUUGAAGAAAUAUUUGCGCAAAAUUGCCGAGAACUGUGAUGACUUUAAUGAGUUGAAUCAUCGGAAGUGGGAAAGUUAUCAUCCGAAAAAACGUGAUGAAGCAGAGUAACCUUUUAAAUGCAAAAAUUUUUACUCAUUUUUUUUCUAUUAAAAUUUAUGAAAUCAA